GGAUGGUCACUGGAUCAUUGAGUCAAGCACUGUAGAGAGCGCCAGUAGGAACGCAAGCUGGGCAGGGCGUGGGGAAACCACGGACGGCGGGAAAAGGCCAGCCUUUUUGCCUUCGGCAAGAAUGACCUAACACACUCCUGAGCUGAGCACAUCACUUCACUCCAGAACACCACCUGCUCCAACCACCAGCAUUCAGCAACAUGGUUGUCACUUUGACCACUGAGACGCCUAUGGAACCGGGCAACAAACUACAGAUCUCUGGCAUCAUCCCCGAGGAUUCCCAACGCAUUCAAGUGGGACUGGGGAGCAGCCGGAAAGAUUUGUCAUUCUACAUGGAUGUUCGCUUUUGGAACAACACAGUGGUGUUCAACACCAGAGAGGACGGGAAGUGGGGCAAGGAAAUCAUACACGCCAACCCUUACAAGCGAGGCAGCGAGUUUGAGGUCACUGUGGACUACACUAAGCACAACUACGUAGUGAUGAUGGGAGGGAAUACGCACGUGACUAUACCUAACCGCCUGAACACACACAGGACCAAGCAGAUCAUGAUGUCCGAUGAUGUGGAACUCCAUGGCUUCUCCUUGAAACCCUCCAACUAGGCCGGCCGGCCACACAGCUGUUCUUGUAACCGAAGGGCAUCCACAUUGCUAGUUAGGCCGUGGCUAGUUACAUGAUGGCUAAAAAUGUAACCUCUACAAAUAUUCAGUGAAAAUAAAUACAU